CGCUGUGUUCUAGAUACUUCAUCUUCGUUCCGGCAUGGAUAUGAACAAGAGUAGCCCACGGAUCGGCCUAAUGCUUGUCCGACAACGUCCAGCGCGGAUUAGAAAUUGAAUUCUUUUUGAACCGGGCAAAGCGAUUUAAGAAGCGAUGUCUGACCUUCGUUGGCUCACUCUUCACUACUCCAGUAACAUCGAAGCACCCACGAAACCGACCAAAGGCAGACAUCAGUAUGACACACUCGAAGAUUUUGGUCACAGGCGCGGCCGGUUACGUCGGGGGCUCCGUUCUUUCAUAUCUAAAGACCCUCGAAUCCUCCUCGAUCGAUGCCGGCAGUGUCAUUGGCGCUGUUCGGUCGGAGGAACAAGUGGACGCACUGACAGCCGCUCGGUUCAAUGUGCAGCAGGUGAAUCUAAGCGACGAGCAGGCGGUCGCCGAGCUCGUUCUCCGCAACGAAAUCGAUGUCGUUGUCCAUUGCGCGAGUGGGCUGGACCGAGAUCUGGUUGUAAACCUGAUCCAUGCGCUUGGUAAGCGUCGUGAAGCCAGCGGCAAGGCAACGUAUUUCAUUCAUACGUCUGGAGGGUCCGCAUUCUCCGAAGUUGGUGGCUGGUCCAAUGGCCCCACCAGCGAUACCGACCAGAUAUUUGAUCUGGAAAAAGCGCUUGCAGACUCCAUGCCACUUCGCAAGGUCGACGUAGCGGUUACCGAAGAAGCCAAGUCGGCAGGGGUGACGAGUUAUAUCGUCGUUCCACCAAUGGUUUAUGGCAGAGGGCUUGGUUUGUGGAACAAGCUCUCGGUGUGUAUGCCACUGACUGUGAGGGCCAGUCUGUCUCGGCGAGCGGUAUACACGUUUCCACAAGAUUCUGUCAUGCCUGCCGUGCACGUAUCCGACUUGAUGGCCCUCUAUGCUCGAUUGCUUGAGAAAAUCGUGCAAAACGAUGCACCGGCAGGCGGUGAGAAUGGCUACUAUUUCGCCGUGGCUCAUAAAAUCCACUGGUGGCCGACUCUGGACCGUAUGGCUGCAGCGCUUCAUUCACGUGGCCUGGUGCAGCAGCGGAGCACGCAGAUGUGGCCUAACGACGAGGAGGCGGCCGAGGCCUACGGUCUUCCAGGCCUGUUCGUCCAGAUGAUCUUCAACUCGAGGACGGAGAUACGCUCUGGCAAGGCCGGCGCUCUCGGUUGGGAGCCAACGUGGACGCAGGAGGACCAGUUCUUACAGAUCAUUGAUGACGAAGUGAGGGAUGUGCUCGAGUUGGACACUGGCAAGGGCAGCGUGCUGAACAAUGUGAACAAGCAGCUUAAAUAGAAGACCAGACUCCCCCUCACGCAGCAAACCUUUCUCCGUUUCUCGAGAGUCGCGUUUCAUGCUGCGAGCCUCAAU